AUGUAUGACUUGACCUGUAUUGUGGAGAGGACUUAUAUAGGCAGUGCCUGCUGUCCAAUCCAGUUAUCCCUGAUCUUUUCCUCGGAGGGAAGAAAAAAUGAACCUACACUCACACGUCAUCACCAUUCUAAACAGAAAAGGUUUAACUUUCCUGGGGGUUCUAAUGCCAUGAUGGGAGGAGGAGGUGGUCCAUUUCACGGAGGCGGGCCAAACAUGAGUCCAAUGGGCGGAUCUCUCUCACACGGACCAAUGUCUGCCCCAUCCAUGUCAUCAGGUAUGCGAGGGCCACACCCACCUGGAGGGGGAAUGGGUAUGUCGAUGGGCGGUCCGCGGUCUCCAGGCCACGCCUCUAUGUUUAAUCCCGCCCAGUGUUUAACACAAAUCAAGUGCCCCCAGUGGUGUCUGAUGGUAGACGAAUUUGGGUGUCACUCUUGUCCAUGUGGGCCCGGGGGCGGAAUGAUGGGAAUGUCAGGCGGAUCCUUUAUGUCAGGAAUGCCUUCAAUGGGCGGAGUCUCAUUUGCACACGUCAAUCAAGGAACGAAGACAAAGGUAGACUGUAUAGGGGUGGAGUUAUGCAAAUCGACAUGUCAAGGACAAUACACAAUAGGUCCUAUAGGAUCAGACGGAUGUCCUUCCUGUGAAUGCAACACCGUAUCAGGGUAUUUGAGCGGUGGAUCAUUUGGAGGAGGUGCUAUAAGUGGCGGGUAUGCUGGAGGAUCUAGCAUUAUUGGUGGAUCUAGUGUAACUGGUGGCGGAUCCACAGGUGUUAGUGGUGGUUCUCAUAUCAUUGGUGGAUCAAGUGUUGCUAGUAGUGGAUCCACAGCCGUUGGGGGUAGUGGAGGAACCAUCACUGGGAUCCGCCCCUCUGUUGGCGUAUCAACAGGAACAAACACUCAAACUACGUACAUCGUAGCGCCGACAAAGGAGUGUCGAACAGAACAGAUUUGUCGAGAGAGCUGUGGAUCAAACUUCCAGAUUGGAGAAGCAGGAAAAGACGGAUGUGGGACUUGUGUCUGCAUAAAGCCAUCAGUGACGUACAUUCCCCAGGUGGUGACCUUGACCUGCCCUAGCCUGACCUGUAACUAUGGCUGCAGUGUGGGAUAUAAAUGUGGAACAGAUGGGUGUCCCACGUGUGACUGUGCUUUACCUUCAGGCUACGCCACGCAUGAGGUCGUCAUACAACACAAAGUGGAUUGUACAACCUCGUUCAGUUGUCCUACGUCAUGUGACGUUGGUUAUAAAUGUGGACUUGACGGUUGUCCUACUUGUGAAUGUUUGGUGGGCUACGUACAAACUCAGACAACUGACCAAUGUAUCGAUUGUGAAUACAUUGAUUUCCUGACCCCAACACCAGAAACAGUUACCUAUAUUCAAACUGUUCCGAAGCAAACACAAACUGUUUACGUCACAGGAGGCAAUGUAUGCAAUGAUUGUGACGUCACCCCUCAAAUGGUGUCCUACGUAAAGCCUAGGCCGCAGACGCAGACGGUUUACGUCAGUGGUAGCAGCGAGUGUCAUGAUUGUGACGUAACGCCACAGAUGGUGUCCUAUGUAAAACCUAGGCCACAAAAACAAACUGUUUACGUCACAAGUACGAAUGAAUGCCAUGACUGUGAGCCUGUAAAGCCUCAAAUGGUGUCUUACGUAAAACCACGCCCUGAUCAGCAGACUUUGUAUGUUACAGGAACGCAGACAAAUUGUAACGGAUGUGAGAAACUUCAUACUUACUACAUCCAGAAACCUACACCUCAGAAAGUGUAUGUACAAAAACCGGACACGGAGAACGGAAUACCGAUCUACAUAGACAGGCCACGCCCACAAAAACAAACUGUUUAUGUACAAAAACCGGACACGGAGAACGGAAUACCGAUCUACAUUGACAGGCCACGCCCACAAAAACAAACUGUGGUUGUCACUCAAACACAGAAAUGUCAUAACAGUAACACGUGCGGGUCAGGUUCUUCUAGCGGUAGCUCAGGUGGUGUUAUUAUGAAUGUUCUGACGGGUGGAUCUGGUUAUAUCAGUAGCGGAUCAGGGUUCAGUUCUGUUGAUGGUGGUGGAUCAAGGGGAGGCGGCGGUGGUGGAACUCCUUACGGAAUCAGUGGCGGAUCCUCUGUUUACAGCAAAGGGCGCGUGAUUGGACCUAGCGGCAGCGGAAGUGGUAGGAUUCAGGAAGUUAUUUUUGAGCUGACAUGA